ACCUUACAUAAGAAUGAAUCAGAUUAUCAAAGUGAGCCAAAAAGAACCACAAAAUACAAACUGUAGUAUGCAGUCCAUUUUCAUGGACAUGAGAGAACCCUUAUCUCAAUAAAUAAGUACUCCUUUAAAUAAAAACAGUAAAGCCUCCAAUCUUAACCUGUUCCCAAUUCAUCAUAGUAACAACAAGGCAGUUUAAAAGUAAACCCAACUGACUUUCUUCUCACUCUCUGCUUCUCUUUCUCUUUCUCUCUUUGUACUUUGUAUUUGGUAGUAACUUGCUUGGCAUGGAAAAUUUUAGAUCCAAGUCAUGUAGACAUGGAAGCACGAUGAUAGAGAGCUACUAUGGAAGUAGGCCAGAUCCAGGUACAGGUCCAAUUCCAACUAGCAUGCAUCACCUGAGAAGUUACAGUUACAGUACUUGUCAUACCUCUGAAUCUGUAGCCCACAAGAAGAUGAAGAUGAAGAUGGGAAAGGAACUGAUAAAGAUAAAGAAAGGGAAGAACGCUAGUGUUGUUGAGCCCAGCAGCAGCAGCACCACCACAUCAAAAAGUUGGAGUAAGAAUAUAAAUUCAGAGUUGCAGAGGAAAAAGAGAAUUGCUGGGUACAAGGUGUAUUCUGUGGAGGGUAAGAUGAAGGGCUCUUUGAGGAAGAGCUUCAGAUGGAUCAAGGACACUUGCACUCAUGUCAUCUAUGGAUUCUCCUCCUGAUCCAAAUAUCAAUCCAAUCCAAUCCAAUCCAAUCAUCAUUUGUUUUCCUCUUAUUUUAUGUUUCUUUCUGUCUUUCAUAUAACAUAUAUAUGUUUGUCAUCUAUCAUUUAUAAUAAUGCUAGUAGCAUGCACUGGAACUACCCUUUUAUCUUUAUAUAUAUAUGCCAUGGAUUAUGAAUAAAAUUCUGUCUUUGACCUUUUUAA